AAGUUCAUUUAGAACAUGAGAGGACAUAGUCGUGUCGCUUUUUGUGCGGACUUACGUCCUUGUGAUGCCGAAGACAUCUUGAAUCUGAUACUGAAACCAGCACAUAAAAAUACCAACGAAUCGACGCUGUACAACAUUUCACAGAAUCGUUUACUGGUGUGCUCUUCGCCAUUCUCAGUGAAACUAGGAAACAGUAUUCUACAAAAUAACUUUGAGUUAUGUAAUGAUAGCUCAAUUCUUCAACAGAGGCUCAAGGAAAAGCGGAAGAUAACUGUUUUUAGAAUGGGACGUAAAGCAGUGUUAAUGGCUAAAGCGGAGGAAAUUGCUAUGGCAGAAUCUAAAGUGAAAAGAAAUAUCAUUUCUAAACAGUGGAAACUAAGAAGAGUAGAGAGUACGUCAUUGGUGAAAUUGUUACAAAAUGGCAUCCCAUCUGGCGAAGAAGUAAACGUAUGGGAAACGUUUGAUAGGGGUGCUAGAAGUGUUAAACAUGUCAAAUCAAGGGCAGUGCAAGCAGAAAAAUGUUAUCAACAAGGUUUAGAAUUUGUGGCAGCACCUAAUGAAAAGCAAAAUUACAAGAACCCAUCGCAUCCACAACAAAACAAUAAAGAUAAAUAUCCCAUACAAGCAACAGACGUCGAUACAGACUGUCCAAGCAUGCAGAUGGCCAUAAGCUCCCAGUCAAUGUUUUCCCGACACGGUGAAACAAGCCUCCCAUCAGGCUUUUCAUAUCAAACUGGAAACGCUAGUUCUUCCACUGUUCAUGCCACCACAUUUGCACAAAAUUCACAAAGUUCAAGCCAGUCAAGAGAUUUGAAUGCCUUUAACCAAACUGUACCUAGAUACGCAGAUUAUAUGACGUAUGAAAAAAGACUGUCAUCAUUUCAAACAACAAAGUGGAAUAUAAAUGAAAAGCCGAACAGAGGUACACUUGUGGGUCUAGGAUUUUUCUAUACAGGUCGGGAAGAUUUGGUUAGAUGUUAUGUAUGCGGCAUUGGUCUAAAAGACUGGGUGAAGAAUGACGACGUAUUGAAGGAACACGUGAAGCAUUCGCCAAAAUGUACCUACUUGCUGCAGAAGUUUGGCAAACAUGAAGUUGAUAGCAUUCAGACAGAAAUAUCAGCAGGAACUUCAUCUGGUUCCCAGCUUCCCUACAAGAUACGCUCUCCUCAGUAUCAAACAAUGGAAGCAAGACUGGCAUCUUUCAGAUCUUUUCCCAGCAACAUUGGAAUCCCGCAUCAACUGCUAGCUGUCGCUGGACUAUAUUUUACAGGCCAAGGAGAUUUAUGUCGAUGUUUUACAUGUGAUGGUGGACUCAAGGACUGGAGUGGAGGAGAUGAUCCCUGCAAAGAGCAUGCAACAUACUUCCCUAACUGCGAGUACAUUAAUCAGCUAAAAGGAAGAGAAUAUGUUAGAGCAAUGCAGCAAAGAAGACACAGUAGCCAACCAGCGGGUGCUGCCGGUGCAACUUCUCAGACGACGAAAGAACCAGAAAUAUCCACGAUACUCUCAAUGGAAAAACUUAAUAUUUCUAGCAGUGAACCUUCCAAAUCAAUGGUUAGUCAAGUUACAAGGAUGGGAUAUUCAGAACGUGAUGUAGAAACUGCGAAAGCAGAGCUGGAGAAAACUGGUGAAAUGAAUCCUAACGUGGAAAAUAUUGUGAACAAGAUACUUGAUAUGCAAGGACAAGUGACAAAUACCACUGCUGCGGCGGACAAUGAUCCCGAAGAUUUGCAAGCGAUUACUGAAGAAAACGAACGGCUUUCCCAGAUGAUCCAGUGUAUGCUGUGUAUUGACGAGGAACCGGAUAUCCUAAUUUUACCUUGUGCGCAUCACCGAAUUUGCCACAAAUGUUCUGAAAAUAUGACGCACUGUCCUGUUUGCAACAAUAUCAUUGAGGACAAGAUCAGGACGUACCGGGCGUAAUGAUGGGGCAUUGUAACAAACAAGUCAUAUUUUACGUAAUAUAUUUAUACCACAGGUGUACGCUGCACUUUCAUAUACUGUAGAGGAUAUCACUGUAUGAAUGUGUUAAGAAGUUUGUCACUUUGAGAAAUAACAUUUAUGGUCUUACCUUCCAAAUUCGUUUCAAUAUUUAGUCUCCUUGUGAGUUGAUCAGUGUGUGAAUGACUUAUUCUUACGUUGUAAUUCACGUAUGCAGAUUUGAACACUUAACUGAACAUAGGUAAAAUAUUAGCCAAUAAGGAAACUUAACAGACGGGGGUUUUCCUUGUUUUUUCCAGCAUACUCAGAUCCAGUUGUUAAGAUAAUGAAUAACCCUGGUGGUUGGAAUAUUACAUGUUUGUUACAAGAGCCCUUUCUCCAAAUAUCCGCGAAGCGUUGUUAACCCAUGUUUUGAAUCCGAGAGAAGCAAAAUAUAAUUAAUCUAAGUCUGGACUUAGAUUAAAGAGGAUGAAAACAAAUUGCGACUCUGGUUAAAGUUAAAAACAAAAUACAUUUUUGUGAUGAAAACGAUUGUUUUAUGUCAUUUAACAUAGAUUGCGAUUGUUCAGCGCUGUGUGUGUGGAUAAGUAACAGAAGAAAGGUUUGAAAAUGUAAAUUAUAACAGUAAACACUACUCAGUGUUCUCUUUGUUAUAAAGCUAGUACAAAAUAAUAUGUACAUUUUUUUUUGCUAUCAAGACUAAGACUGUUUGCAAAUUUUACCCUAAAAUGUAUUUACCGUGUACAAUAUUCUACACAUUUAUUGUGUUUGUAGUGUUAUUUUCAAAAUUAAAUAUCAUGAUGUACCUGUUGUUUGUUGAAAAAGCUUCCAUUGUUUUAGAGGUUGCAUGCAUUUAUAGUGUGCUUAGCUAUACAUGUUAUAAGUAUGUUUAAUUUUUACCUUUACCUUGCUACAUUUCUAAAGCGGACUGGUCAAUCACUCAAUUUGGGAAGUACCAUUCAUUAUACUAUUCGAAUAGGCGUUCACUGAAAAUUUACAGACUGAUUAACGAACUGUGUAGACCAUGAUAAGCAGUCUGAUCUUUGUCUGCAGUAGUCUCAAAGGCAAAAUCACUUGCCACCAGCAGGCUAAAGGUUAAACCUUAUGCAAUGUAUAAUUAAUACACGUUGAUGUUUACAUAAUAUCUAUGUACAGAUUGUUUACCUGUUCAAAUAUGAAAUUAAGGUCUAGAUAUAUCGUUAGAUGUAAAAUAAACAUUUCUAGCAAUUC